AUGGAUACCCCAUCCACCUAUAAUGUCAUUCUAGGGAGACCCACCCUCAACAAAUUCGAAGCCAUUCCAUCUACUGUCCAUACGAAAUUGAAGUUUCCCGUAGGAAGGGACGUAAGAGAGGUUAAAGGAGACCAUGAAGACUCUAGGAAAUGUUAUGUGGAUGGAGUACACAAGGCUAGUAGGAAGCGAGAAGAACUGAUGAACACGUUGGGAGGUGUGCGAGAAAGCAUUGAUCCUGACACGAAGAAGCCCCGAGUAAUGCCUGCAGAAGAGUUACUAAUCGUUCAGUUGAAACCUAGCCAACCAGGUCAUAUCACCAGAAUAGGAAGCGGCAUGGGCGAGGCCCUCACCGAAGAGCUGAUUCAAUUCUUAAGAAAGAAUUGCGGCGUCUUUUCAUGGACACCAGAGGACCUGAGAGGAAUCAACACGGGGUUUGCUCAACACUGA